CCUCGCUUUACCUUUACCUCACAUAAGGUACCAAGUACGGAGUACUGACUCUGUCUUUCUCUGUCUGCAGACUCACCUUAUUAUCUUGCCCUUGUAUUCCUCAUUUGGAUUGUUGACUCCCGUCUUGCAUUAGUUCUUGUGUACACCUUCCCUGUAUACAAGGCGGUCGCCGCCGCUCAUGCUUCUCCCAUCUGUUUCUACUAUUCUUGCGGCGUUCUCUGUUGCACGACAGGGCGAAACUUCUGACCAACUUCGCUGAAGAAGAGAGCGGAAAGACAAAUCGCCCUCGGUGGAAGAAGGCGUACAUCAAGGUAACAUAUUGUAAACUAAUUGCAGAGUAGGCAAGCGGGCUAUUCAUUAACAACAAACACGUCCCGUUCGGUCAAUUGCCUCAACGUCUGGCUGGCCGGGCCCGGGCUCGACAAUACGACGACGGCGUCUUACUCACACCACCAUCCGAAUCGCAUCUCCGAACAAGUACGGAAUACUUUUGCUCAGCUCACGAGUCGGAACCAAGCAAAGCACGACCUCAACGACAUCACCAAUCCCAAGUGCAGGCUGUGGCCUACGUUGCCUGCCUCCUGCAAGAUAUCUGGCGGUCUGCAACCACAUCCAUCCACCUAUUCGCCUUCGCCGCGACGAUCUAGCGUCAACGCGCUGACCCAUUGGCUCCCUGUGAAGGAAGUGGCUUGUAAGAAAUGAUUUUUUUUUGACUCUCCUCUCCUUUUUUGCCGGGUCACAUCCAGCGUUCCUAUUGCUCCUUUCUUGCAUAUGGCCAAUUCAACCUCACCUCCUCCAGAGAGAGUCAUCUUCUUAGAAAAAGGGGCGAUGGGAACGGCUUGAAAGUCGUAGUUGAAUACAAUCAAGAAACUGGCGGAUUGACCUCUUUCUCUCUCUCUUAGGACAGCUUCAAUCCAGGACCAUUUCCCCGGCGAUCAGACGCGACGGCGGCGACUUUCUCAAGCUGUGAGCCUGUGACACCAAGAGCUACAUCCCUGCUAUCGCUUCGACUUGGCCCGUUAUCGUCCAAUUCUCCGGCAAUUUUGAGCAGGGGACCAGGAACAUACCUGUAGGCAAAGGCGGGAGAAAAAAGAAGAACAAGAAGAAACAGGCGAGUGUAUUUCCUCCUCCCUGCCCUGCCAUAUCUUAUCCAUCCGCUGGUCCCCUCUUCUUCCCUGCCCCCAAUUCACCUUACCCGUCACCACCCCCAGAUCCUAGGUCCCUUGCGCCGCUGCGUACCGCAAAAGUGCUCCGUCUCUUUUGCGGCCACCCGAGCCGACCAUCCCACCACCCAGCCUGCGCAGUUACAUCUCCCACCAUAGUAGCAGUCCCUGGAGGUUUUUUCUUUUCUUUUCUUCCUUACUGACUUGCACCACCUGUCUCAGUUCGCCUCGGUCGUACGAAUACACAGUCUGGAGGUUUAUAUCUGCAGGUGAACUCCUCUCACGUCCUGUUCAACUCUCGUUUCAUCGACCCGCCCCCUCCUCUCGCCAGCACGAACCCGCUUGUUUUCCCGCUACACUGCGUACAACGACUGCUACGAUUACGACGACCACGACAAAAACCACGAGCUAUACACCGAUAUACCCUCAUCAGCCGUUUCUCUCCUCCGAACCGAUUUAGCUUCCAUGAUUCUCACACCAAGCUGUAGCAACACGAGCUCAACUUCUCAACAUGGCGGCGGUCGCGGUGGCCACAUUCUCCCCAUCAGGGCGGGCAGAAGGCGUAUAUCGAUGGAAGUCAACCCAGCAAUCGACGACGACUGGCUGGGCUGAGGAAGAUGUGCGCAUCCGCUUGCGCAUGAUCGCCCGCGCCUGGGAAUCCGCUUCACACAAUGCUCAGAUUUCAUCCCAUCAUCGACGACCCCUCAAAACCACAUGCAACAUCUCAACUCCGUUGAAAGCACCAGAAUGCGGCCCGCGAUGGUUGCGACGAUUUGAAGCGCCCUCUGAGCCGUCCGAGCCAUGCGAGCAAGUCAUGGACCCGACGAACACUGGCGGUUUUGCGAGUCGACGACCAUCAGACUUCUCUUUCUUCACCCAACCGCACACUUCAAGCACAGAACAGCGACAGCGACGAAACGGCGACGCCAUACUCAGCGAUCCUACACGCGACUUUCUCAUCGACUUUCUCAUCGACUUUGGUUCCGAGGAAGGAUUCAUGCAAGCGGCGAAGAAGAAGAAGAACAAGGCGCCAGCCAAGGCGCCGGCGGCAAACAACAAUAACGAUGAUGAUGGCGCGAAGAAGGAAGACGAAGGCGCCGGCGAUGGAGGUGAUCAGGGCGGUGACGCAGGUAACGACGGCGGCGCUGCGGGCGACGGCGAUGGAGGCGACAAAGAAACACCACCAGCAGACGAUCCGCCCCCGGAAGAUGACUGGGGCUUCGCAACCACGAAAUCCAAGAAGAAGGGCAAAAAGGCUGACGAACCGGCACCUGAUUCAUUCGAUGAAAUAAAACUGGACGACAUAGGCAGCGGCAACGGGUCGUUAGACAUCAAUUUUGGCUCAACGGAGACCAAGAAGUCAGGGGGGUUCAGUUGGGGAUUGGGAGCGUCAAAUUGGACAACAACAGGCACGGGACUAGGGAACACAUGGGAUUGGUCUGGCGCUAACAAGAAUGCAGCCACAAGUACGCCAGCGGAGGCAAAGGAAGACGCCGAUUCAAAUCCAUGGGGCUCCAAAAGCAAAACGAAGAAGAAAAGCACCACACUGGGGUUUUCGUUCGGCGACGACACACCAGCUGACCCGGAACCGGCACCCGACCCGCCGCAGGAGAAAGAGGAGAAAGAUGACCCGUGGGGUUUCGGCACUGCGACUACAAAGAAAGACAAGAAGAAGAAGAAAGCCAGUAUCUGGGAUGCGGUGGAAGAGGACAAGGCUCCUGAAUCAGCCAAGGAGGAGACACCUGCAGACGACCCAUGGGGUUCGUGGGGCGGUACCACCAAGAAGGGGAAGAAGGACGACCCCCCCAAAGAGGAGCCGAAAGACGACCUGUGGGAUACCUGGGGACUUGGUAAGAAGAAGAAGAGUAAGGACGAGCCGGCCCCUGAACCAGUCUCUGAGCCGGCGCCCGAUCCGCCAGCCUCUAACGAGGAUCCUUGGAGUUGGGGAACAUUAUCGGGGAAGAAGAAGAAGAAAGGCCUAGUCGACCUUGAACCUGAACCUCCCCCGGUGGCAGAACCCGAGCCGGAACCUACCCCGCCUCCAGAACCCGAGCCAGAGCCCGUUGAUCCUUUUGCAGGCUUGACCAAUUCACAGAAGAAGAAAAAGAAGAAGGAGAUGGCUGCCGCCGCCGCUGCUGCCGAGGCCGAAGCUGCUAAAGCCGCCGAGGCCGCUGCUGCUGCCGAAGCAGAGGCCGCCGCCGCCGCCGAAGCGGAAGAGGCUGCCCGUAAGGAAGAGGAGGAACGACUAGCAAAAGAGGCUGAAGAGCAAGCCGCCAAAGAAGCAGCAGAAGCCGAAGAGGCGGCGAAAGCAGCGGAAGCCGCCAAAGCAGCAGCUACGGACGACUUUGGAUGGGGUGUAUCAACUAAAACCAGCAAGAAGAAGAAGAAGGGCAAAGCUGAACCAGAACCCGAACCGGUUCCUCCUCCACCCCCUCCAGCCCCUGAACCAGAGCCUGAGCCAGAGAAAAAGGAUGACCCAUGGGGUUUCGGUGCAGUGACAUCCAAAAAGGAUAAGAAAAAGAAGAAGGGCCUUCUUGCCGAACCUGAACCUCCCAAGGAACCGGAACCUGAACCCGAGCCGGAACCAGUACCGGAGCCAGAGCCUGAACCGGAGAAGCCAGCAGAAGAUGACUUUUGGGCCAGUUUAACAGGAUCCAAAAAGGACAAGAAAAAGAAGAAGGGCAAGACUGCCGAUCCCGAGCCGGAACCUAUUCCUGAACCUGCGCCCGAGCCUCCUGCUGCUGAUCCAGAGCCAGAACCACCAGCGGACGAUGACUGGGCAAGCUUCGGCCUUUCCAAGAAGGACAAGAAGAAGAAGAAGAAGGGCAAAUCGGCGGAUCCCGAACCCGAACCCGAGAUUGUACCAGAACCGGCGCCUGGUCCCCCAGCCGAGGAAGCGGAGCCGGAACCUGAAAAGAAGGAUGACGACGACUUCUGGGCUGCUGCUACUAGUUCGAAGAAGGACAAAAAGAAGAAGAAGGAGGCCGAAGCUGAAAAGUCCAAAGACGACUCUUGGGGCAUUUGGGGUCUUUCCUCCAAGAAAGACAAGGAGAAGGAGAAAGAGAAGGACAAAGAUAAGGAGAAGGAAAAGAAGAAGAAGAGCAAGGAGGCCGAUAAGGAAGCUGAGGAACCGAAGGCUGAAGCGGUCGAAGAGGAUGAAUGGGCUGGCUUGAGCAAGUCGGACAAGAAGAAGAAGAAGAAAGAUGCCAUGGCCUUGGUUGAGUUUGGCGGAGAGGACGAGCCUACCCCUGCCGAGGAAGCCCCUCCUGCCGUACCAGACAUUGCCGACCCCCUGGAUGGCGGCGGCUUCUUCAGCUCAUGGAACAUCGGUGGCAAGAAAGACAAGAAGAAGAAGGGAGCCGACGCCGACGAAGGCGCUUCUAUGAAGCCCGAUGCAAUUGAGGAGCCCACAGAUGACAUCUGGGGAACCUCGUCCUCCAAGAAGAAGAAGGACAAAUCCAAGAACGAGCCCAUUGAAGUCGUGGACGAGGAGCCCAACGUGGAUUCCGUACAACCGGAUUCCGUCGAGGAGACCAAAGACGACGAUGACUGGGCCGCCUGGGGAUCCUCCAAGAAGAAGUCUAAGAACCGUAAGGACAUACUCGCCGACCCUCCACCGGAAGCUCCCACCCCUCCCUCAUUGGACAUGGCUGAGCCUGUAGCAGAAGCAGAACCUGAGAAAGAGAAAUCCAGCUUUUGGGGCGACAUGACCUCUUCCAAGUCUAAGUCCAAGGAUAAGGAUAAAGACAAGGAAAAGGAGAAGUCCAAGAAAGAGCCCAAGCUGAGCGAGAAGGAGCUCAAGAAGCUCGAGAAAGAAAAGAAGAAGGCUGAAAAGGAAGAAGCAGCGCGGUUAGCCAAAGAAGAAGAGGAGGCUGCCGCCGCCGCUGCUGAGGCCGCUGCCAAGGAGGAGGAAGAACGCCUUGCACAAGAAGCAGAGGAGGCCGCGGCAGCGGAGGCGGCUGAGGCAGCCGAGAAGGCACGAAUCGAGGAAGAGGAGGCUGCAAAGAUUGCGGACGAGGAGGAGCAGUUCGCUGCCUUGGAGGCCAAGAAGCUCAAGAAGGGCAAGUUGACCAAGAAGGACCAGGGUGUUUACGACACGCUCAAGGCAUCGAUCGACGAGCGCGCCGCCGCAUCCCAAGCUGCUGCGGAUGCCGAAGCCGCCGCCGCCGCCGAAGCUGAAGAAGCCGCUCGCAUCGAAGAGGAAGAGCGACUCGCCAAGGAAGCCGAAGAAGCUGCUGCCAAGGAAGCCGAGGAGCAGGCGGCACGUGAGCGAGAGGAAGCUGAAGCAGCGGAGAAGAAGGCGAAGAAAAGCUCCAAGUCGGAGAAGGAGUCCAAGUCCAAGUCGAAGAAAGAAAAGGAGAAAGAAAAGGAGAAGGAGAAAGAGAAGGAAAAGAAGGAGAAGAAGGAUAAGAAGGACAAGAAAAGCAAGGACAAGGAGAAGGAGAAGGAAGAGGAUCCGGAGCCGGAGCUGGAGCCGGCGCCAGUCGAGGACGUCGACAACGAGGACGAGCUGGCCGACAUUGAGCUGACCGAGGACCAAAUCGAGGAGCUCCUGGCCGAUCCCGAGCCUGAGGAAGCUGCUCCUCCUCCACCACCCCCGGCGCCGGAAGUAAAGCCAUCCAACGAUGCCUUCAGUUUCUGGGGCGUUGGCACUAAGAAGUCGAAGAAAGGUCUAGAAGGUGCGAAUCUCGGUUGGAAUGACACGACUACAUCAUCCGCCACAAACAACGAUGCCCUGUCCUGGAUGCAACCGUCUACGGCUCGAAAGGGCAAAGGAAGCAAGAUUACUGACAGAUUAAAAGCAUUUGAACCAAUCCCGCCGCCGGAAGACGAACCUGAGCCCGUUGUAGAGGAACCUGUUCCUGAGGAGCCAGCACCAGAAGAGCCAGCCCCGGAGGACCCUCCACCCGAGGAACCGGAACCCGCACCGCCAACUCCUCCCCCCGUCGUCUUGUCGAAGGAAGAGAGAAAGCGACUAAAAAAGGAGAAGAAGCGCGCUGCCGAAGCUGCAUCCGCGCCUCCUCCGCCGCCACCGCCUCCUCCUGUUGUCGAGGAGCCACCGUUAGUCGACGUUGAAGAACCAGCUGACGAGAACAAGUCUUCGGAGCCACCUGGAGCUUUCCCCGUCGAAGAGGAUGAGAACGAGAUCAUCGAAGUGAUUGAAAUGCCGGUGGAGAAGAAGAAAAAGAAGAGUAAGAAGAACAGAGAUAGGGACAUACUCGCCGAGGAAGUCCCUCCUCCACCAGCUCCACCACCGCCUCCGGCCGUCCCUGAGGCUCCUGAAGACCCUGUGCCUGAGGAGGAACCCGCUGCUGAGGAAGAGCCAAUCUCACCUCCACCUGAGCCGAAGUCGAGCAAGAAGGACCGGGCGAAAAUCAACCGAGAAGGUUCCUCGUGGGGUAUGUGGUCGGCUUCACCUCGCGAGAAGGAGAGAGACCGUGAUCGAGAUCGCGAUCGCGAACGUGAUCGUGACCGCGACAGAGACCGGAAAUCCAAGUCAAAAUCCGAAAGACGCGAAAAGAAACACGCUUACGGCGACGAGGAAAAAGUCAAGACUUCCUCCAAGGGUUCAAGCUCCGGCAAGGGCGACCGCGCCGAUAGAGACGUUGAGACACCAGCACGGCCGAAACUCAUGUCGAUGUUCAGCACCCCGCCCAUUUCCCGGACGACAUCCACCCGGGACCGGCGACACAGACCGUCCCGUCGUCAUUCGGUCGACGCGAGCGGGUUGGUGUCGCCACCUCCCGAGGAAGCCCCUCCACCUCCCAUGUCCUCCAAAGCCGCCAAAGUGCUUGGAGUCGACAAGUCCAGCAGCAGGCGCCGCAAGCGCGAUCAUAUUGUGGACGAAGAUAUUGUCAUGGUCGGCGCCAAUGGUGACGGCGAGGACGGCAGCCCUCCCAAGUCAUCGCGCCGACGAUCUAGAUACGCUAAAGACGAUGACCUUGUCAUGGUGGACCCCGAUGGCCCUUCCGAGCCACCACCAAUGAAACGAUCCAGCUCGAGUGCGAAGAAGGGUCUCGGAGGCCUCUUCAGUGGCCUCAGAACACCCAAGACGGAGCGUCCGGACCCCUUGCGAAGGCGACAUACCUAUGCGACCGAUGAUGACACCAGGCGCGAACGCCGUCAACGAUUCCAUGCCGAUGCAGACGAAGCCGACCCCGCAGCGAUGACCGACAUGGACCAAGAGGCUCGCCGCGCUGCUCGCCGUGCUCGUCGUGCAGCCAGAAAUGCUGAGGCGGCCGAGGCCGAGGUCGUCGAGCCGGAUCCCGAAGAGGCACGCCGCGCCGCCAAAGAAGAGGCUCGGCGCGAGCGCCACCGUAGGAGAGACGAAGAGGAUGCCGAAGCACGCAAGCAGCAGGAGAAAGAGCUCAGACGUGCGGAGCGGCGCGCGGCUCGCUCUCGCGGGCACCGUGACCAACGCGAGGAAGAGGAACGGAGAAUGGCCGAAGAUAGGGAGGCUGAGCGUGCCGAACGGCGAAGAGUCCGGAAGCAGCGCGAGGCCGCCGCGGCAGCGGAUGCUGACGCAGAUGCAAGACGCGCAGCCCGGGAAGAACGUCGACGAGCCCGCGAGGCUCGCGAUCGCGAAGCGGCGCCGCCGCCACCACCGAUGGACGAAGAAGAAGCCCGCAGAGCCAGGAAGGAAGCCAGGCGUGCUGCGCGUGCCGCGGCCGAAGGCACCGACGCAGAAGAGAUGUAUCACCACCGCUCCAGCCGGCGAACCCGGGAGUCCGGGGACGAAGGCAUGCACUCCUCGCGACACCGGUACAGACGCAACGAGGAGUCCAAGCCGGCGUGGCCCCACUCUGGAACGUCAUCGUGGGUCAAGGAGCACACCGACGCCGGCCCGCCUCCGGAUGACGGCGGACAACAGACGGACGCCGUGCCCCAGACCGAAGACGAGGCGCGUCGUGAACGGCGCGAGCGACGUCGCAGGGCCAGGUACGAGGACGGCACUGCCGACGAGGCCGAUGAUCGCCGCCGUAGAGCCCGGCGCGAAGAGCGUGAGCGUCGGACGUACGGCGGUAGCGGGGGUGCCGGAGGCGGCGGCGGCUCCGAGGGGAGCGACGAGCGGCGUCGGCAGGCCAUGUUCUCCGAUGCGACGGCUACGCCGCGGAGCAGUUGGUGGAGAAAGCUGACUGGUUGAAGAGACACGCACACACAAACACACACAGAGAGAGAGAAGACAGAGGGCGAAAACUACGACAAAAUGAUGUGUAUGAAUGGAUGUCAGCGAAGCGUUGUGCAAUUUCUUUAUUUUUUAUCUCUUCCAACCCCCUGUUGUCGGAUCGGAACACCACGCAUGUUUUGAUUCUUGUUUGAGAAUAUGGUUGUUUUGCUAUAUGAAAGAAAACCCUCUACGAUAUGUUUGACAUAUACCCCCCUUACCAAAUACGCAUACUAUAUUCUUUUGCUGCAAUACUAUGUUACUGCAUACUAUGUUACUGAAGAGAAUGUUGGAAAUAGGUGAUGAGUAUUGUUUCCAUGUAAAGGCAUCGCCUCCAGGCGGCCACAGAGAGAGAGAGAGAGAGAUGUCUUGGAUACGAGCAUGAAUAGCAUGGGUAUAGGCAGCAUAGCAUAGCACGCACACACAUACAAACAUCUAUUCAGCAC